AAAGACUGCGCGGGGGGCGGGGCGAGGCGGCUAGCAGUACGCAUGCGUCUUGGCCGCUGGGUUCCCGAACAUAGGGAUGGAAGAUGAGUAAGAAAACUGAUGACCACAGAGGGAAAGUGACUUGCUCAAAGUUGAACAGCAAAAUGGAUAUCCCAAAUUCUCCCACCUCCAAAUGCAUCACUUAUUGGAAGAGAAAAGUUAAAUCUGAGUACAUGCGACUUCGACAGCUCAAACGGUUUCAGGCAAAUAUGGGUGCAAAGGCUCUGUUUGUGGCCAAUUUUGCAAAAGUUCAAGAAAAAACUCAGAUCCUUAAUGAAGACUGGAAGAGGCUCCGAAUCCAGCCUGUUCAAUUGAUGAAGCCUGUGAGUGGGCAUCCUUUCCUCAAAAAGUGUACUGUAGAAAGCAAUUUUCCAGGAUUUGACAGCCAGGAUAUGUUAAUGAGAUCUCUGAAUACAGUUGCACUGGUGCCUAUCAUGUAUUCCUGGUCUCCUCUCCAGCAAAAUUUCAUGGUGGAAGAUGAGACCGUUUUGUGCAAUAUUCCCUACAUGGGAGAUGAGGUUAAAGAAGAAGAUGAAACUUUCAUUGAAGAACUGAUCAAUAACUAUGAUGGGAAAGUCCAUGGGGAAGAAGAGAUGAUCCCAGGUUCUGUCCUGAUCAGUGAUGCUGUGUUCCUGGAGUUGGUAGAUGCCCUGAAUCAGUACUCAGAGGAGGAAGAGGAGGGGCAUAACAACGACUCUUCUGAAGGGAAACAGGAAGACAACAAGGAGGAGUUGCCGGUCCUUAGGAAGAGAAAACGACUCACCAUUGAAGGUUCUGAUAAUAGCCCCCAGAAGCUUUCUGUCAUUUUUGGUUCAGGCAACAAAAAGAGUUCCAAGAAACAAUUUCCAAAUGACAUGAUCUUCAGCGCAAUUUCUUCCAUGUUCCCUGAGAAUGGUGUUCCUGAUGACAUGAAAGAGAGGUAUCGGGAACUCACAGAAGUAUCGGAUCCCAAUGUUUUGCCUCCCCAGUGCACCCCAAACAUCGAUGGCCCCUGUGCCAAGUCUGUGCAGCGAGAACAGUCACUGCAUUCCUUCCACACGCUCUUCUGCCGACGCUGCUUCAAAUAUGACUGCUUCCUUCAUCCUUUUCAUGCCACUCCUAACGUGUACAAACGCAAGAAUAAAGAAAUCAAGAUUGAGCCAGACCCAUGUGGAUUGGACUGCUUCCUAUGGCUGGAAGGAGCAAAGGAAUAUGCAAUGCUCCACAAUCCACGCUCCAAGUGUGCUGGCCGUCGAAGACGUCGGCACCAGGUGAUCAAUGCUUCCUCCUCCAACACUUCCACCUCUGCUGUGACUGAGACAAAAGAAGGGGACAGUGACAGGGACACAGGAAAUGACUGGGCCUCCAGCUCUUCAGAGGCCAACUCUCGAUGCCAGACACCCACCAAACAGAAGGCCAGCCCUGCCCCACCUCAGCUCUGUGUAGUGGAAGCACCCUUAGAACCCGUGGAAUGGACUGGGGCUGAGGAGUCCCUCUUCAGAGUGUUCCAUGGUACCUACUUCAACAACUUCUGUUCAAUAGCCAGGCUCCUGGGAACUAAAACGUGCAAGCAGGUCUUUCAGUUUGCAGUCAAAGAGUCACUUAUCCUGAAGUUGCCAACAAAUGAGCUCAUGAACCCCUCGCAGAAGAAGAAAAGAAAACACAGGCUCUGGGCUGCACACUGCAGGAAGAUUCAGCUCAAGAAAGAUAACUCCGCCACACAGGUGUACAACUACCAACCCUGUGACCAUCCAGACCGUCCCUGCGACAGCACCUGCCCCUGCAUCAUGACCCAGAAUUUCUGUGAGAAGUUCUGCCAGUGCAACCCAGACUGUCAAAACCGCUUCCCAGGCUGCCGCUGCAAGACCCAGUGUAACACCAAACAGUGUCCCUGCUACCUCGCUGUUCGGGAAUGUGACCCCGACUUGUGUCUCACCUGUGGGGCCUCAGAGCAUUGGGACUGCAAGGUGGUCUCCUGCAAGAAUUGCAGCAUCCAGCGUGGUCUUAAGAAGCACCUGUUGCUGGCCCCCUCAGAUGUGGCUGGAUGGGGCACUUUCAUCAAGGAGUCUGUACAGAAGAAUGAAUUCAUUUCUGAAUAUUGUGGUGAGCUUAUCUCUCAGGACGAGGCUGACCGGCGGGGAAAAGUCUAUGACAAGUACAUGUCCAGCUUUCUCUUCAACCUCAAUAAUGAUUUUGUGGUGGAUGCCACCCGGAAAGGAAAUAAAAUUCGAUUUGCGAACCACUCAGUGAAUCCCAAUUGCUAUGCCAAAGUGGUGAUGGUGAAUGGAGAUCAUCGGAUUGGAAUCUUUGCUAAAAGAGCAAUUCAGGCUGGGGAAGAACUCUUCUUUGAUUACAGGUACAGCCAAGCUGAUGCCCUCAAGUAUGUGGGGAUCGAGAGGGAGACAGAUGUCCUCUAGUCUUCCUGUGCCCCAACCUCCAGUGCCUCUAGCAGCGCUGUCUCUGCUUUUGUGCUCACAUCAUGGCUGCUUCAGUCUCCUGCACUGUCUCCUAUACCCAGAAACCCUCUCUUCUUACCCCCUUUGUAGUGAAGCCUAGGCUAUGGGCAGUGGGGGAGAAGUUCUUUGUCUCAGAGUGAAAUCUAGGGGCAUUUAGGGCUUGGGUUCUCAGGAAAGAGAGAGAGAGACAAAGGCAGGGAGGUGGGGUAGUGUGUCCUCUCAGCUCAGAGGCAAACCAUAAAGGUUAGGGGCUGAUAUCUGAUAACUUGGUUUCCUGUUAGCUCUCUAUGCUGGGGGCCAGACCUAGGGCAGUAUCUGUGGGCACUAGAAAGUCAGCAAAGACACCUUCUUAUCUUCUAUCCUUAAAGCAAGGUCCUUCAUAUAGUUAGGUGCCUGACACCAUCUCUGACAGUAGAACCUGGGAAGGGUGGUAGCAGCGAAUGGGCUGAAGGACCAGAGUCAUUGGAAUGGGAGUUCAUGACAAAGUGUAUCGUGACAGUACAGAUUGGAUCUAAGUAGGGGGAUGGGUCUUCUCACUCCUCCUUAACUUUCCCGUUGCCCAGUGGCAGAGGUUUGCUAAAUCUGACCACUAGUCAGAAGUUGCAAAGGAAAACAUAAACUAUUGCUACUUUGACUAAUUUGGCUAAAGUGAAAGGGACUGUGUUCUCUCUCCUCACUGUUCAGGGAAGGAGAACCGUGCUAAAGGCAGGAGUUAAGAUCUCAGGGCUUGAGGGACAGGAGCCUUUGAAGAAGAUUUUGUCCAUGCAGAUGGACUGGUGUUUUCAGAUGUGCAGGAAGGAGCGUAAGGUCCCCUGCUACCUCCUUCACCACCUGUCAGGCCCUUGGAGAUGUCAUGCUGCUGAAAUGUUAGAGAGUGGGAGGAAGGAGGGUGUGUGUGUGUGCGCGCGCGCGCGCGCGAGAGAGAGAGAGAGAGAGAGAGAGAGAGAGAGAGAGAGAGAGAGAGAGAGAGAGAGAGAGAGAGAGAGAGAGAGAGAGAGAGAGAGAGAGAGUGUGUCUGUGUCUCUUGGGUACUUAUUUUGUUCUAGCUUCCUUCCCUUCCCCCCCCACCAGAUUAAAGGGGCCGAUGUUAAGUAUCCCUUCAGGGUGAAAAGGCACAGUUGCAGGUUGGGGGUAGGGGAGUAGGACACACAGGAUGCAGAUGUAAUUUGCUUUCCUAACUCUGGCACCUUCUGUUUGGUAUUAGUAGGUAUAUAGCGGGGUGGGCUGGGGGCUGAACAUGCAUGUGUGUAGAGAUGACCAUACAUGUAAUUAUAAACUGGCAAUGCAUGCAUGGGGGGCCACUGGACCUUGGGCCACUUUGAAGCCUCGAGGCAGCUGGGCCCUCUCUAGGGAAACUUUCCAGCAAAGCACUUUAACUAUUUCCUUUAGAAGACCUGAAGUUAUGGGCGGGUAUUGGGAUUAAGCUGUGGUCUCUGGGAUCCCACCCCAAACCUAGUUUCUGAGGAGAGGGAGGUGGCUUUCCUUGCAUCCAAUUCCCCUGAGGAGCUUAGAGUAGCUGUGUUGACAGAGGGAUCUUGUCACGGUGAGAAUGGGGCCAACCAGGAAGAUCUGUGGCUGGCAGGUUUGCUGAGUUGGCAGGGAACUGGGGAGUGCCUGUGCUUAGGUGGAAAGGACAUGGGCAAGUCCAGACUGGCCUAGGGAGUGUCUAGAACAAGGGUGCGAGGCUUCCCCCUCUCUCUGUAGGGAGUAAGUGCCUUUCUCCUUGAUCUGGCCUGACCAUUCUCUUCCUGUCCUCAUACCCUUAAGGCGUGUCAUGUGAGGUUGGGGUGGAGUUCUUUCUGGUCAUGUUAGCCAAGGGCUACCAUCCUUUCCAUUAGGGUGUUCAAAUAAGUUUCCCAGCCAAUUCAGCUGGCCAUCUGCCCCCUUUUCUCACCCCCAUCUCCAGCUGCCCCUCAGACAUUCCCAGCCGGCUCUUGGCAGGGGCCAGCUGUUUAGUCAGCCAGCCUCCACGGUGAUUCUGAAGUCUACUCCUGCUGUGUGAAGGGAAUGCUCCCUUUCCCACAGCCACAAACUGCUAUGGGCACUGAAUUGCUCAUAGAUUAGAGGGGAAAACCAGAGACAUUUGGCAUCAGUUCAGAAAGCCUGAACAGCUCAACUUUUUUGUUUUGGGAGUGGGUUUUUUCGGGGGCUAAACUCUAGAUCUUUGCAGCCAUAUGCUGGCCAAGAAGAAGGGCUGGGCUAUGGUUUUUGUGAUGUGUUCAGGAAGGAAGGAGCUCUUCCACAUUUCUUUCAGGCUUUCUCUGGUUUUCAAAGCCACUAAGUUUUAUCCCUCUUCUCUCAUUCAAUCCUUCUUGCAUCCUUAGUAUUCUCUUCCACCCACAAUGUCCAUUUGAAUUUCCUUUCUAUUAUCUAGAAUGGGGCAGAGGGGCUUGAUGUCAGUGUGGCUUUGUUGCCAGUGAAUCUCACGCACUUUAAAAUCCUGUGGCUUGUGAUCCCCUCAUCAGAAUAAAGUGGUAGAAACUAUUCUGUAGUA